CGGAGCUGUUGUUUCCUGUUUCGACUUGGAGGAAAUAAAAAUGUGUUGUGCGAUGCUUUGUUUGUAGCAAUAUUUACCUAACGGUCGUUGAAGUGAAGGUUUUCAAUUGACAUCGAUCGGGUCUUCGUCAGCUAUUUCCAUAAACGUGCGGCUUUGUUUUGAGCUGUAAAGGUUAUUUUAUUUUUAUUUGAUCGUAAACAUGGCUCCAACGAUCCAAACUCAAGCUCAACGGGAAGACGGGCACAGCAGGCCAUCUUCCCACAGAACUGUGCCAGAGAGGUCAGGAAUCGUCUGCAGAGUGAAGUACUGUAACAGCUUGCCCGACAUCCCGUUUGAUCCCAAAUUCAUCACUUAUCCCUUCGAUCAGCACAGGUUUGUUCAAUAUAAAGCUACUUCUCUUGAGAAACAGCAUAAACAUGAGCUCUUGACUGAGCCAGAUCUCGGUGUCACCAUCGACCUCAUCAACCCUGAUACUUACCGUAUCGAUCCCAACAUUCUUUUGGACCCUGCUGAUGAAAAACUGUUGGAAGAGGACACCCUGCCUCCAUCUAGUUCCAAAAGGUCACAACAACAUGCCAAGGUUGUGCCGUGGAUGAGGAAAACAGAAUAUAUUUCCACAGAGUUUAACAGAUACGGUGUUUCCAAUGAGAAAGUGGAAGUCAAGAUUGGAGUGUCUGUCAAACAGCAGUUUACAGAAGAAGAGAUCUACAAAGACAGAGACAGUCAGAUUUCUGCCAUUGAGAAGACAUUUGAAGAUGCACAGAAAUCGAUCACACAGCACUACAGUAAACCCAGAGUCACCCCUGUGGAGGUCUUGCCUGUGUUUCCUGACUUUAAGAUGUGGAUCAACCCUUGUGCUCAGGUCAUCUUUGACUCUGACCCUGCUCCUAAAGACAUAUCAGGGCCAGCAGGUGUUGAAAUGAUGUCUCAGGCCAUGAUCAGAGGAAUGAUGGACGAGGAGGGAAAUCAGUUUGUGGCCUACUUCCUGCCAAAUGAGGAAACACUUCGCAAACGGAAGAGAGACUGUGAAGAGGGAUUGGAUUAUAUGCCUGAGGACCUGUAUGAUUACAAGAUUGCCAGGGAAUACAACUGGAACGUCAAGAACAAAGCCAGCAAAGGUUAUGAGGAGAACUACUUCUUCAUCUUUAGAGAUGGCGACGGUGUUUACUACAAUGAACUGGAGACUAGGGUACGCUUGAGCAAGAGGAGAGCCAAGGCUGGAGCACAGUCCACCACCAACGCGGUGCUGGUGUGUAAGCACAGAGAUAUGAAUGAGAAGGAGCUGGAGGCCCAGGAGGCACGUAAAGCUCAGCUGGAGAACCAUGAGCCAGAAGAUGAGGAAGAAGACAUGGACAUGGACAAAGACAUGCAGGAUUCUGGUGAAGAGAAAGAGAAGGGCAGCGGCAGCGAGGCGGAGAACUCUGGCAGCGAAUCUGAGAGGGAAGAGGAAGACCAGGAGCAGAGCGGAGAAGAAGAGGAAGAGGAGGAGGACAGAGAGAAGAGGCGGAGGAAGCCAAGUGGCAGUGGAAGUGAGAGUGGCGAAGAGAGGACCAGAGAGCUGCGAGAUGAAGUGGAGAUCUUUGGGAGUGACGACGACAGCGACGACAACGAGCCCAAGAACUCGGCCCGGAGCAGCGGGGAGGAGGGCAGUGGAAGUGAGGAUGAAGCAGAGAACAACAGGAGCCACAGCGCCUCUCCAGCACACAGCGACCGCAGCAGUGACCACUCAGAGACCCAUGCUCAAAGUGGAAGUGAGAGGGGAUCGGACUCCUCUGAAGCCAGCGACAGUGAAUAAGAUCUGCAGUCUGCUUAGACUCCAUCCCCGGCUCAAAAUGUUGACCUUCUCACCCCGUCAGUAAACCUAUGACGUUGUCAACAGCUGGAGCUUCUUCAUAACAGCAAAUGUGUGCAGAAUGCUCUUUGCAUUGGAACUUAAUCCAUCCUUUUUAGUCAAGUUUUUAUUUGAUGAUUUGUAUCCCGGUGUAGUAGAUGUUUUAUUUUAUUUUAUUUUUUUUCAUCACUUGUUAAAAUCAUGGGGAAAAAAAAU